AUGCGGUUCAUGUACGCUCUGGCAUUACUGGUCCCCCUGGGCUGUUUCAAGCUCAGUCUGGCGGAAUUUGUCCUAACCAUGCCAUGGGUGGGCUUUGAAAGCUCUGGAAACUACUGGCAGGAUUAUGAGGGACGCUUGAUAAGUGAAAACGGGGACACGACGACGUACGCAAUCAAUUGCCCUCCAGCAAGUGCCGAAACGGCCUGUAUCAGAUUUGAUCCAGAUGCGACAUUUAUCGCUGCUCCCAGCUCCUACGACUUCAUUAUGAGCGACUAUGCGUUCUAUACAAGCACUGGGUGCACCUUUACUGGCUCUCCCACACCCACCACCGCCACUUGCUCGUACAGCCAGUCAUKGCACAUUGGCUCUCACACCGUGACUCGUGAUGAGACAUAUGUUCUCCCUGGAACCGAGGUCAGGGAAAUCCUGUCUGCUACCUUGACUGUGGCAGGGACGGGUCAUUUCCCUACUGGCACCGCUGCGACUGCUACAGCAGCUGCGACGAACAAACCGACGGGUUCUACUACAGGUGCGACAGUAGCAGGUACUUCUGCCACGAGCACGACGAUCUCUGGAAACGUCGCAGACAGGACAAUGGCGCCAAUGCUGCUGAUGGGUGCGAUGGUAGCCGGUAUGGUGGUGCAAGCUGUGGAACGGGAAUCGGCUAGGCUGGCGUAUAUACCCCUGGGUCUUGCUGCCCUGUGGGAAGAAUGGGUCCGCAGGGAGCACGAGCUCGUCCAAGCCGAUGUCAAGGCGUUCCUCAGAGAGGCCAUGCAGAAGGCUUACGACCUGAAUCGGCCAAGACACUCGAACUGA